GCGGAGGCGCGUGGAGCCAGCCGCAGCCCAGCCCGUGUCCGCCCCGCGCCGCCAUGCCCCUGGCCUUCUGCGGCAGCGAGAACCACUCGGCCGCCUACCGGGUGGACCAGGGCGUCCUCAACAACGGUUGCUUCGUGGAUGCGCUCAACGUGGUGCCGCACGUCUUCCUGCUCUUCAUCACCUUCCCCAUCCUCUUCAUCGGAUGGGGCAGUCAGAGCUCCAAGGUACACAUCCACCACAGCACGUGGCUCCACUUCCCUGGGCACAACCUGCGCUGGAUCCUGACCUUUAUGCUGCUCUUCGUCUUGGUGUGUGAGAUCGCGGAGGGCAUCCUGUCUGAUGGGGUGACCGAAUCCCGCCAUCUUCACCUGUACAUGCCGGCCGGGAUGGCGUUCAUGGCUGCUGUCACCUCCGUGGUCUACUAUCACAACAUCGAGACCUCCAAUUUCCCUAAGCUGCUGAUCGCCCUGUUCAUCUACUGGACCCUGGCCUUCAUCACCAAGACCAUCAAGUUUGUCAAGUUCUAUGACCACAACAUCGGCUUCUCGCAGCUUCGAUUCUGCCUCACGGGGCUGCUGGUGAUCCUCUACGGGAUGCUGCUGCUCGUGGAGGUCAAUGUCAUCAGAGUGAGGAGAUACAUCUUCUUCAAGACACCGAGGGAGGUGAAGCCCCCCGAGGACCUACAGGACCUGGGGGUGCGCUUCCUGCAGCCCUUCGUGAACCUGCUGUCCAAAGGCACCUACUGGUGGAUGAACGCCUUCAUCAAGACUGCCCACAGGAAGCCCAUUGACCUCCGAGUUAUCGGGAAGCUGCCCAUCGCCAUGAGGGCUUUGACUAACUACCAGCGGCUGCGUGAGGCCUUCGACGCCCAGGCGCGGAAGGACACGCAGAGCCCACAGGGCGCCCGGGCCAUCUGGCGGGCACUCUGCAAUGCGUUUGGGAGACGCCUGGUCCUCAGCAGCACUUUCCGCAUCUUGGCUGACCUACUGGGCUUCGCCGGGCCCUUGUGCAUCUUUGGAAUCGUGGACCAUCUUGGGAAGGAGAACCGUGUCUUCCAGCCCAAGACACAAUUUCUCGGGGUUUACUUUGUCUCAUCCCAAGAGUUUCUUGCCAAUGCCUACGUCUUAGCUGUGCUUCUGUUCCUCGCCCUCCUACUGCAAAGGACAUUUCUGCAGGCUUCCUACUAUGUCGCCAUUGAAACUGGAAUUAACUUGAGAGGAGCAAUACAGACCAAGAUUUACAAUAAAAUUAUGCACCUGUCUACCUCCAACCUAUCCAUGGGGGAAAUGACGGCUGGGCAGAUCUGUAACCUGGUUGCCAUCGACACCAACCAGCUCAUGUGGUUUUUCUUCUUGUGCCCAAACCUCUGGGCUAUGCCAGUACAGAUCAUCGUGGGCGUGAUUCUCCUUUACUACAUCCUCGGAGUCAGUGCCUUAAUUGGGGCAGCUGUCAUCAUUCUGCUGGCCCCUGUCCAGUACUUCGUGGCCACUAAGCUCUCCCAGGCCCAGCGGAGCACCCUGGAGUAUUCGAAUGAGAGGCUGAAGCAGACCAACGAGAUGCUCCGUGGCAUCAAGCUGCUCAAGCUCUACGCCUGGGAGAACAUCUUCUGCGCGCGGGUGGAGAUGACCCGCAGGAAGGAGAUGACCAGUCUCAGGGCCUUUGCUGUCUACACCUCCAUCUCCAUUUUCAUGAACACGGCCAUCCCCAUUGCAGCUGUCCUCAUCACCUUCGUGGGCCACGCCAGCUUCUUCAGAGAGUCUGACUUCUCCCCCUCGGUGGCCUUCGCUUCCCUCUCCCUCUUCCACAUCCUGGUCACGCCGCUGUUCCUGCUGUCCAGUGUGGUCCGGUCUACAGUCAAAGCUCUGGUCAGCGUGCAAAAGCUGAGUGAGUUCCUGUCCAGUGCAGAGAUCCGAGAGGAGCAGUGUGCUCCCCGGGAGCCUGAACCCCAGGGCCAGGCCAGCAAGUACCAGUCCAUGGAAGUGGGGCUCCUUUCCCUGCACAGCUCCCAGCCCCAUGUGCCUUCAGCUCUUCCUAACCAUCCCCAGCCCCUCAAGGUCGUGAACCGAAAGCGUCCUGCCCGGGAGGACUGUCAGGGCCUCACGGGCCCACUACAGAUGCUGGCCCCCAGUACAGACGGGAAUGCUGACAACUGCUGUGUCCAGAUCAUUGGAGGCUUCUUCACAUGGACCCCAGAUGGCAUUCCCACACUGUCCAACAUCACCAUCCGCAUCCCCCGAGGCCAGCUAACCAUGAUCGUGGGGCAGGUGGGCUGUGGCAAGUCCUCACUUCUCCUAGCCACUCUGGGGGAGAUGCAGAAGAUCUCAGGGGCCGUCUUCUGGAACAGCCUUCCCGACGGCGAGACGGCAGAGGACCCCAGCCCAGAGCGGGAGCCGGCCGCCGAAGCGGAUGUCAGGAAGAGAGGCCCCGUGGCCUAUGCUUCUCAGAAACCAUGGCUGCUAAACGCCACUGUGGAGGAGAACAUCACCUUUGAGAGUCCCUUCAACAAACAACGGUACAAGAUGGUCAUCGAAGCCUGCUCCCUGCAGCCUGACAUCGACAUCCUGCCCCAUGGAGACCAGACCCAGAUUGGGGAACGGGGCAUCAACCUCUCUGGUGGUCAGCGCCAGCGAAUCAGCGUGGCCCGAGCCCUCUACCAGCAUACCAACGUCGUCUUCCUGGAUGACCCCUUCUCAGCUCUGGAUGUCCACCUGAGUGACCACCUGAUGCAGGCCGGGAUCCUCGAGCUCCUCAGAGAUGAUAAGAGGACAGUGGUCCUAGUGACCCAUAAGCUACAGUACCUGCCACAUGCAGACUGGAUCAUUGCUAUGAAGGAUGGCACCAUCCAGAGGGAGGGCACACUCAAGGACUUCCAGAGGUCUGAGUGCCAGCUCUUUGAGCACUGGAAGACCCUCAUGAACCGGCAGGACCAAGAGCUAGAGAAGGAGACCAUCAUGGAGAGAAAAGUCCCAGAGCCACCCCAGGGCCUGCCCCGGGCCAUGUCCUCGAGAGAUGGCCUUCUACAGGAAGAGGAAGAGGAGGAAGAGGAGGCAGCCGAGAGUGAGGAGGAGGACAAUCUGUCGUCAGUGCUGCACCAGCGCGCCAAGAUCCCGUGGCGAGCCUGCGCCAAGUACCUGUCCUCCGCUGGCGUCCUGCUCUUGUCGCUGCUCGUCUUCUCCCAGCUUCUCAAGCACAUGGUCUUGGUGGCCAUUGACUACUGGCUGGCCAAGUGGACCGACAGCGCCCUGACCAUGAGCCCCAUGGCCAGGAACUGCUCCCUCAGCCAGGAAUGCUCCCUCAACCAGACAGUCUACGUCAUGGUGUUCACGGUGCUCUGCAGCCUGGGCAUCGUGCUCUGCCUGGUCACAUCUGUCACAGUAGAGUGGACGGGGCUGAAGGUGGCCAAGAGGUUGCACCGCAGCCUAUUGAACCGGAUCAUCCUGGCUCCCAUGAGGUUUUUUGAGACCACACCCCUUGGAAGCAUCCUGAACAGAUUUUCAUCUGAUUGUAAUACCAUCGACCAGCACAUCCCAUCCACGCUGGAGUGCCUGAGCCGCUCCACCCUGCUCUGCGUCUCCGCCCUGGCCGUCAUCUCCUAUGUCACACCUGUGUUCCUCGUGGCCCUCUUGCCCCUGGCCAUCGUGUGCUACUUCAUCCAGAAGUACUUCCGGGUGGCGUCCAGGGACCUACAGCAGCUGGACGACACCACCCAGCUCCCGCUGCUGUCUCAUUUUGCUGAAACUGUGGAAGGCCUCAUCACCAUCCGGGCCUUCAGGUACGAGGCCCGGUUCCAGCAGAAGCUCCUCGAAUACACAGACUCUAACAACAUUGCCUCCCUCUUCCUCACGGCUGCCAACAGAUGGCUAGAAGUCCGCAUGGAAUACAUUGGUGCCUGUGUGGUCCUCAUCGCAGCUGUGACUUCCAUCUCCAACUCCCUGCACAGGGAGCUCUCUGCUGGCCUGGUGGGCCUGGGCCUCACCUACGCCCUAAUGGUCUCCAACUACCUCAACUGGAUGGUGAGGAACCUGGCGGACAUGGAGAUCCAGCUAGGGGCCGUGAAACGCAUCCACGGGCUCCUGAAAACUGAGGCAGAGAGCUACGAGGGGCUGCUGGCACCCUCGCUGAUCCCGAAGAACUGGCCGGACCAGGGGAAGAUCCAGAUCCAGAACCUGAGCGUGCGCUACGACAGCUCCCUGAAGCCCGUGCUGAAGCACGUCAACGCCCUCAUCUCCCCAGGACAGAAGAUUGGGAUUUGUGGUCGCACAGGCAGUGGGAAGUCCUCCUUCUCUCUUGCCUUCUUCCGCAUGGUGGACAUGUUCGAAGGGCGCAUCAUCAUUGAUGGCAUUGACAUCGCCAAACUGCCACUGCACACUCUGCGCUCCCGCCUCUCCAUCAUCUUGCAGGACCCCGUCCUCUUCAGUGGCACCAUCCGAUUUAACCUGGACCCAGAGAAGAAGUGCUCAGACAGCACUCUGUGGGAGGCCCUGGAGAUAGCCCAGUUGAAGCUGGUGGUGAAGGCGCUGCCGGGAGGCCUCGAUGCCAUCAUCACAGAAGGCGGGGAGAAUUUCAGCCAGGGCCAGAGGCAGCUGUUCUGCCUGGCGCGGGCCUUCGUGAGGAAGACCAGCAUCUUCAUCAUGGACGAGGCCACAGCUUCCAUCGACAUGGCCACGGAAAACAUCCUCCAGAAGGUGGUGAUGACGGCCUUCGCAGACCGUACCGUCGUCACCAUUGCGCACCGUGUGCACACCAUCCUGAGUGCAGACCUGGUGAUCGUCCUGAAGCGUGGUGCCAUCCUCGAGUUCGACACGCCAGAGAAGCUGCUCAGCCAGAAGGACAGCGUCUUUGCCUCCUUUGUCCGUGCAGACAAGUGACCUGCCGGAGCCCAAGCGCCACCCCAUGCCCCAUCCUGGCCCCACCUCCUGCCUGGGUUUUCUAACUGUAAAUCACUUGUAAAUAAAGAAAUUGGUUAUUUCCUACCAUAGGCCUUGGUUCAAGCGGGCAGGGGCUGGGGUGGACUGUGUGCCCAGUGGAGCCAGCAUGACUGGCAUCAGGCAGACCUAAAGAAACUGUGUGAGAUGGGCAAAAGCAGGUUUCCUCGUCUGUGAAAUAAGGGUUGUAUUAGUGUGCUAGGACUGCCAUCAUAAAAUAGCAAGGAUUGCAUGGCUUACACAACAGAAAUUUAUUUCUGACAGUUUGGGAGGCUGAAAGUCCAAGAUCAAGAUGUUGCAGAUUCCGUUUCUCCCGAGGCCUCUCUCCUUGGUCGCAGACAGCUACCAUCUAGCUGUGUCCUCACAUGGCUGUUCCUCUGUACGCACAUCUGGCGUCUCUCUCUUCGUGCCAGAAUACCAGUCAUCUUAGAUUAGGGCCCCAC